GACACACACGCGCGCGCGCGCGCGCACACACACACACACACACACACACACACACAAACAUAACUGCACGCAGCGAGGCUCGGGAAGUCAGGUCGCCUCCUCGCCUAGACGCCUCCUCCGCUCCAGCCAGCCGGGUCUCCCCUGGGGACCGGAGCUCAGCCGCGCCGCGCAGCCCCAAAAGAGGACGAGCUCGGCGGACCCCGGUCCCUCCAUGGGCAAACGCGGGCGGCCGCGCAAGGAGGCGCGCUGCGAGGGCUCGGGGCUGGCCCCUGCCAUGCCCCCGGCGCUGGCUGCUCCCCAGCCCCCGGCCCAGCCCGAGGAGCCUGCGGGGGCCAAGCUCAGGUGCCCCUUCUCGGACAUUUUCAACACCAGCGAGAACUCGAUGGAGAAGCACAUCAACACUUUUCUGCAGAACGUGCAGAUUCUGCUCGAGGCCGCCAGCUACCUGGAGCAGAUCGAGAAAGAAAACAAAAAGUGUGAACAUGGCUAUGCCUCAACAUUCCCUUCCAUACCGAGCCCCCGGCUGCAGCAUUCAAAGCCCCCACGGAGGUUGAGCCGAGCACAGAAACACAGCAGUGGGAGCAGCAACACCAGCACUGCCAACAGGUCUACGCAUAAUGAGCUGGAAAAGAAUCGACGAGCUCAUCUGCGCCUGUGUUUAGAACGCUUGAAAGUUUUGAUUCCACUAGGACCAGACUGCACCAGGCACACGACGCUUGGUUUGCUUAACAAAGCCAAAGCACACAUCAAGAAACUUGAAGAAGCUGAAAAGAAGAGCCAGCACCAGCUAGAGAACUUGGAACGAGAACAGAGAUUUUUAAAGCGGCGACUGGAACAACUGCAGGGUCCUCAGGAGAUGGAACGAAUACGAAUAGACAGCAUUGGAUCAACAAUUUCUUCAGAUCGUUCUGAUUCAGAGCGAGAGGAGAUUGAAGUGGAUGUUGAAAGCACAGAGUUCUCCCAUGGAGAAGUGGACAAUAUCAGUACCACCAGCAUCAGUGACAUUGAUGACCACAGCAGCCUGCAGAGUAUUGGGAGUGACGAGGGUUACUCCAGUGCCAGUGUCAAACUCUCGUUCACUUCCUAGAACCCAGCAUGACGUAACAGUGCAGGGCAAAAUAUUCACCAGGCCAGUUCAGUCCAGUCUCAUAAAUUGGGUUCAUGAUGCAGUCUCCUCUUUAAAACAAACAGAACUUACUUGAACAAAAGGGUCAAAAGACCAUAGCAAAUACUUAGCAAAAAGUGGGGCAAAGCCUCCCCAGCAGAACAAAUAUUCAUAAUACUCAUAUUUGAAAAUCACAAUUUCUAAUGGCAGCAGAAAAACUUGUAUGAAUUUUUCCUGAUUUGAAAGAGGACAUUGGAGAUUCCUCUUUUUCUUUUCUAGUUUGCUCUCCUACAUUGAGUAGACAUAUUUAAGGCUAGGAUUAUGAACUCUUCCUGAGUUUUAUGGUCCUAAAAAAAAAAAAAACCUGUAGUAAUGACAAAAUGAGAUAAUCAGGCAUUAAUCUUGGAUAGCUAAAGAGCUAUUAAAACUCAGCCUGGGACAGCUUAUCAUGAAGCCUAUGGAUGAUCAAUUAUUUAAAAAAUAAAGCUCAUUUCAUGCUUUGCAAAAGGAGAGACUCCCAUGAAGCCUUUUGAAAGGGAUCAUCGUGCAGCUCAGCUUUCUGUUGGAUUCCAUGCUAAAAGCAAACUAACCUUAUCCUGCAUUGUUAGCACUGAUAGGGCACCCAACCGCCAGUUCGCCAGUCAGCCACCCUAAGGCCCUUGGGCAGCGUGGGGGCAGUCCACGCAUGACAGCCUCCACCAGACAGGGCCUAUGAGUUUGGAUUGAGGGGCCAGAAGGAAAAAGCUCCAUGUGCCUCUGUGUCUGUGUGAACCAGAAGUUGUGCACGCAGAUUAGCAGGCCAGGGUCUGAGCCACGGCAGCAUUUUUAUUUCAGAUUUUGAUAACUGUUUGUAUGUGUUGAAAACCAAAAUGACAUCUUUUUAAAGCUUGUCCAUAAAAAACAUAGAUGUCUUUAAUAGUGGAAAAACACAUGAGAAAAAAAAAUCAUCUAUUUUGAUGCAGCAUUUGAUAAUGAUAAAACACCUCACGCCUCACUCUUUAUAGUGCACAAAAUGAAUGAGGUCUGGGCUAGAUAGGAAAAAGGUCAAUGCUGUUUUUUGUUUUCUUUUAGAAUCAUUACCUUUCACCAGCUUUUAACUGUCUGAUACCUAUAGUGGACACACUAUCAUAGUUAACAUAGUUAAGUUUGGCACUCGUCUCAUUUUAAUGUAAAGAUUUGCUUCCGUUUUCCUACAGGUGAUCUCUCUCCUUCCUCACAGUCCCACUGUGCAGGUGCUAUUGUUGCUCUUAUCAAUAUUUUCAGCAAUGUUACUUUCUUUUUAAGUGAAAUUUAUUUUCUAGCCUGCACUUUGAUGUCAUGUGUUUCUUUUGUUUUUCAAACUCCAGGGUUCCCUCCUGACCCUCUCCCCUACCCCAGGAAGCCUUCUUGGAGACAUUACCCCUCAGCUCUUUGGACUUUAUAUACUUUAAAUAAUUUAACUACUCUUAAUUACUUUAAAAAAAAAGCUUUAUGAUUUUCAUAACUUAUUGCUGAUUUUAAUGGGUUGUUAAUUUCAGUCCUGUAGUUUUGUUUUGUUUAGAUAGGGCUGGGCAAGGAAAAAGAAAAUAAAGACAACCACAUUUAGCAGUACAGUUGAGUUGUGUAUGUAAUGUCAGGCUAUCCUUUGUAAGUAGCACUUUAACAGCUUUCACUGCUUCUAUAUAUGAAGUGUACCAUCUUGGUCAUACACAAGGCUCAGCAUAUACUUACUUGUUCUUGUGCUCUUCCUGUGCCUCCACAAAUAUUUUACCCUUGAUUGUGCUGUUUGAGUGGAAGAAAUUCUUUGAAGUAGAUGUGUGAAAAACUGCAUGCCUUUAGAAGCCCAUAUUAGAACUUGCUACUUCAGGUGCUGGGUACUUAAUGAAAAACAUGACAAAACAAAUUCAUUUCUGUGGCCCAGGUCAAUUUUUGGUUUCAUUUGUAAUUACUCCUGGCCAGGUCAAAAUGUUGCUCUAUAUAUUUGCUUACUUUCAACUUUCCCAAGUGAGACAGUUUGAAGACUCCGCUAACUACCAUGGAAAGUAAAUGGAAGCCCAUGACUUACGCUUCCACUUGGUUAUUCCUGUGGCAUUCACUGCAUCACUUGUCUAGGGCUUGAAUUUGGGAUUCCAUUCAGGUGAACUUGAGGUGCUGCCAUUUUGUUGUGUAUGUACAGGAUGGUGGACUGGGAAACCUUUGUGACAAACCUAGAAUACCUAUUCACCUGCCCCCUAAAUUACUCCUUCCCUGGGUUUGUUUUCCUUGAGGGAGGGGGAUGGAUUGUAUGAUGAAUAUUAAUUUUUUUAAAGACUAAUUGACUUCGACGACACAAAAGUUAAUUGCAAGAAAUAAACAUUGUGAAUGAAGAA